CUCGGUCCACAGCCACGGACAUGCCAGAUCUCUAUGUAUAUAUGGCAACAGGGUCCGCGUGCUCCAUAUCCUCUGUCUUCCGCCAUUAAUCGCGCAAGAACAGAGCUGCGAUCGAGAGGUUUAAUGGCGGUCGAAAGGUUGGGAGAGAUUCGCGCGUUUAGGAGCACUCUAAUUGCGGAUGGACACGCUGCCGUGGACGAGGAGCUGCAGCUGCUGCAGCGCCAGAUCGUUGGUCUGCAACAGCGACGAGGAGGGGCGUCGAGCGACUUUGAGAGGAAGCGGCCGCCGGGGGCUGCUGUCUCCGGUAGCGGGAGAAUGAUGGCGGUUCCUCGCAGGCGGGGUUCGGAGAUUGACCGCGUUGUUGGAUUUUAUGUGGAGCGGCUGCGGGAUGAGGUGCGGGAGGUGUGGAAGAGGCAUUGCCGGGGGCUUCUGGCGGCGGCGGAGGGGGAGGCGGCGCGGCGGUUGAGGGGGAAGGAGGCGGAGCUGGAGGCGGCGAGGCUGAGGAGCGCGGCGCUGGAGGAGAAGGUGCGGCAGCUGAGCGCGGAGGGCCAGAUGUGGGUGGCUGCGGCCAGGCACCACGAGGCGGCCGUCGGCGUGCUCAGGGCGAGCUUGGAGCGGACGCUGCGGACAAGAGACGGCGAGGGAUACGGUGAUAGCGAGGCGGCCUCCGCCGAUUCGUCGUGCCGCUUCGCGACUGAGGAGAUGGGGCGUUGUGGUCGUCUGACUCGUCUCCCGCGGCGGAGCGGGUGGUGCACGGCGUGCGGCCGCCGGGAGGCGCGCGCUGUGCUGCUGCCCUGCAAGCACCUGUGCCUCUGCGAGGACUGCGAGCCUGCCGCCGGCGAGUGCCCCGUCUGCGGCGCCGUCAAGACUGACGGCUUCCAGGUCUUCACGUGCUGAUCAGCUUACUUCGCCGGCGAUCGACAUGCACGGCCUUCGAUCGAACUCAUCAAAUUUUGUUUUUUUUUCUUCCCAUUUUUGUUAAAAGGUACUUUCUCUUCAAUUUCGAUCAAAUAUCGAUCCAUAGAAUUAAAAUUUCAC